UGCAACCUGUUUGGAGUUUAUCAUAUGUCACAUAGCCAAAAGAUGCGUAUUCUUCUCCUCAUAUGUUUCUUGAAUCUGAGUAACGAUGAUGAAUUAGGUAUAUAAUUUUGAUAUAAAUUAUUGAAAUGGGAGCAGAUAACGUGCCUUAUGAAUCAUUGUGAAGCAUAGAAUUUAUAGCUUUCUGCAGAGAUCCAGUAAGCGCAUAUCGGUCACCUACUUCCCUUUCUUUUCUCUUAAUAUUCUUACUUCACAUGCCCUUUCUCUCUCUACCUUUCUCUCUCCUAUGUUCCAGUUUCAGAGAUGUCGGAUUUCUUUUCUAGUGUUUAAUCAUGAGCUGCCAUUGGAGCUGCAGAGUUCUUGCUCUGCUUCUUCUUCUUCUUCUUCUUCAAUGUUGUUGUGAUGGCUUGAAUUCUGAUGGAGUUUUCUUGCUUUCCUUUAAGUAUGGCGUUUUGGACGACCCUCUUUUUGUGCUUCAGAACUGGAAUUACUCCGAUGACACGCCGUGUUCAUGGCGGGGUGUCACCUGCGGCGGUGAUGGUGCUACGGUUACAGCUUUAUCGCUACCCAAUUCUCUGCUUAUGGGCUCUGUUUCAUCUGAUCUGGGUUUGAUUCAAAGCCUUCAAUUUGUUGAUCUUUCGAACAAUUCCUUUAAUGGGUCUCUUCCUUUGUCUCUGUUCAACAAUUCCAUGCUUCGGUUUCUUGAUUUGUCGGAGAAUUUGAUUUCCGAUGAGGUUCCGGCGGCGGUGAGUCGACUUGGGAAUCUGCAAGUUCUUAACCUCUCCGGCAAUGCUCUGUUCGGGGAGUUUCCGAGUGAUCUUGCGAAUUUGGGUAAUCUCACGGUUAUAUCUCUUAAGAACAAUUACAUUUCCGGGGAACUUCCUGGUCGGUUCGGAACGGUUGAGGUUUUAGAUCUGUCUACUAAUUUGAUUAAUGGGUCUUUGCCGUUCGAUUUUGGUGGCGACAGUUUACGUUACUUCAACAUCUCGUAUAAUAGACUUUCCGGCGAAAUCCCGCCGGAUUUCGCCCACAAAAUCCCAGCCAACGCCACGAUUGAUCUCUCAUUCAAUAAUUUCACCGGUGAAGUCCCUGUUUCCGACGUGUUCAUGAACCAAGAAGCAAACUCCUUUGCCGGAAACCGCCAACUCUGCGGCGAGAUAACGAAAACUGCAUGCCCAAUUCCUUCGUCGCCGGCGUCUCUCCCACCGGCAAUCGCCGCCAUGCCAAUCGACCCAAGUACGCCAGAAACCACCUCGCCGGAAAAAGAGAGCGGAACAGGGCUAAAAUCCUCAACUAUAGUCGCGAUUGUACUCGGCGACGUCGUCGGAUUCGCAAUUCUGUGCCUCCUCUUCUUCUACGUCUACCACUUGAAGAAAAAAAACAAAACCGACGAAACCCAUUUGAAAAACGAAUCCAAUUUGGCCAAAGACAGCUGGUCCACAUCUUCAUCGGAAUCCAGAGGAUUUUCACGAUGGUCCUGCCUGAGAAAAAAAGAGUAUCCAGAAGAGGGAAAUUCCGAGCAGGUUAGUAUCGGUUCCAUCUCCGGCCGCCGCGACACAACGGAGGAGGGCGGAGAAGGGAACAAAAGGGGAACUUUAGUGACAGUAGACGGCGGAGAGAAAGAGCUGGAACUUGAGACGCUAUUGAAAGCGUCGGCGUACAUCCUCGGCGCUACCGGAUCGAGCAUAACGUACAAGGCAGUGCUGGAAGACGGCACUGCAUUUGCAGUGCGGAGAAUCGGCGACGGCGGAGUUGAAAAGUAUAAGGAUUUCGAGAAUCAAAUUCGAGUUGUAGCCAAAUUGGUUCAUCCAAAUUUGGUUCGUGUUCGUGGGUUCUAUUGGGGCGUCGAUGAGAAGCUCAUCAUUUAUGAGUUCGUUCCCAAUGGUAGCCUUGCCAAUGCUCGUCACAGGAAAGUGGGCUCUUCACCUUGUCAUCUUCCAUGGGAGGCCCGAUUGAGAAUAGCAAAAGGAGUAGCCCGUGGCCUUUCUUAUCUCCAUGACAAGAAGCACGUCCAUGCCAACUUAAGACCUACCAACAUUCUUUUGGGCUACGAUAUGGAGCCCAAGAUAGGCGACUUGGGUCUCGACAAGGUCUUAUUCGGCGAUUCGACUUACAAAACGGGUAGCUCCACUCGAAACUUCGGGAGUAAGAGGUCAACUGCAUCUCGUGAUAGCUUCCAAGACUUCGUUACUGGACCUAGCCCUGGACCAAGUCCAAGUCCUAGCUGGAUCAGUGGAGUGUCACCAUACUUAGCACCAGAAUCGCUUCGGAGCUUGAAGCCUACUCCAAAGUGGGAUGUGUACUCUUUUGGAGUGAUACUACUGGAGCUACUAACUGGAAAGAUCAUUGUGUUGGAUGAGUUGGGUCAAGGGCUUGAGCUUGCAGUCCACGAUAAAAGUCGAGCUUUAAGAAUGGCUGACAUGGCGAUUCGAGCUGACGUGGAGGGGAGAGAAGAUGCAUUAUUAUCAUUCUUUAAAUUAGGUUAUACUUGUGCAUCUCCAACCCCACAAAAGAGACCAUCCAUGAAGGAAGCCUUACAGGUUUUGGAUAAAUUUCCAACUAUAUCCACGUCAUCACACUAUUAUGGUCUCUAGACCAUAAAAACAAGUGAAAAUAAUGUUGACUAUGUUCCAUGUUUAUAAUUGAUGUUUUUUUUAUUAGAUUAGCGUUUGUUCUAUGAACUUAUGACCCACUCAUUUUUUAGUUAAAUCACAUUUUUGUUCCUAUCCUA